CAAGGAUCUGUACAAGGAGGCCAUGAUGGAGGAGCACCAGCCUCUUAUAUCACAAGAAAAUCCCAGUAAGAAAUGUGAAAAUGUCAUGUUACCACUAGAUGAAGAUAUCCUGCAGCGCUCUUCAGGAGAAAACCUCAUUACCCUUAAUGUACAUCCAGGACUUCACAGUACAGAUCUGUCAUAUAAUCCUCCUAAUUAUGAGGAACCUUCUCCUGACCAAUCACAGAUUGUUACCACAAGUACAAGUCAGAAAAGGAUGAAAAGGUUUCAUUGUGGUAAAGAAUCCACAAACAGCUCAGGACUUUCUACACACCGAAGACGUCACAAAAGAGAGAAAAUGUAUUCAUGUUCAGAAUGUGGGAAAUGUUUUACACAGAAAUCAAAUCUUGUUUACCAUGAGAGAAUUCAUACAGGAGAGAAGCCAUAUUCAUGUUCAGAAUGUGGGAAAUGUUUCACAUGGAAAUCAAUUCUUGUUACACAUGAGAGAAUUCACACAGGAGAGAAAGCAUAUACAUGUUCAGAAUGUGGGAAAUGUUUUAGACAAAAAUCACAUCUUGUUACACAUGAGAAAAGUCACACAGGCGAAAAGCUGUACUCGUGUUCAGAAUGUGAAAAAUGUUUUACAAUGAAAUCAAAUCUUGUUAGACAUGAGAGAACUCACACAGGAGAGAAACCAUAUUCAUGUUCAGAAUGUGGGACACGUUUUACAUAUAAAUCAGAUGUUGUUAUACAUGAGAGAAGUCACACAGGAGACAAACCAUAUUUGUGCUCAGAAUGUGGAAAAUGUUUUACAAUGAAAUCAAGUCUUGUUAGACAUGAGAGAAGUCACACAGGAGAGAAACCAUAUUCAUGUUCAGAAUGUGGGAAAUGUUUUACAUAUAAAUCAGAUGUUGUUAUACAUGAGAGAUUUCACACAGGAGAGAAGCUGUAUUCAUGUUCAGAAUGUGGGAAAUGUUUUACAAAGAAUUCAAAUCUUCUAAAACACAAGAAGAAUCACACAGGAGAGAAACCAUAUUCAUGUUUUGAAUGCGGGAAAUGUUUUACACAGAAAUCCAAUGUUGUUAAACAUAAGAGAAUUCACACAGGAGAGAAGCCAUAUUCAUGUUCAGAAUGUGGGAAAUGUUUCACACUGAAAUCAAAUCUUGUUACACAUGAGAAAUGUCACACAGGAGAGAAGCCAUAUUCAUGUUCAGAAUGUGGGAAAUGUUAUACACAGAAAUCAAAUCUUGUUACACAUGAGAAAUGUCAUACAGGAGAGAAGCCAUAUUCAUGUUCAGAAUGUGGGAAAUGUUAUACACAGAAAUCAAAUCUUGUUAUACAUGAGAGACGUCACACGGGAGAGAAACCGUAUUCAUGUUCGGAAUGUGGGAAAUGUUUCACACUGAAAUCACAUCUUGUUAUACAUGAGAGAUGUCACACGGAAGAGAAACCGUAUUCAUGUUCGGAAUGUGGGAAAUGUUUUACACAGAAAUCACAUCUUGUUAUACAUGAGAGAUGUCACACGGGAGAGAAACCGUAUUCAUGUUCAGAAUGUGGGAAAUGUUUUACACAUAAAUCCAAUGUUGUUAAACAUAAGAGAAUUCACACAGGAGAGAAGCCAUAUUCAUGUUCAGAAUGUGGGAAAUGUUUCACACGGAAAUCAAAUCUUGUUACACAUGAGAAAUGUCACACAGGAGAGAAGCCAUAUUCAUGUUCAGAAUGUGGGAAAUGUUAUACACAGAAAUCAAAUCUUGUUAGACAUGAGAGAUGUCACAUGGGAGAGAAACCGUAUUCAUGUUCGGAAUGUGGGAAAUGUUUUACACGGAAAUCAUCCCUUGUUAGACAUGAGAGAAGUCACACAUGAGAAAAAGCAUAUUCAUGUUCAGAAUGUGGGAAAUGUUUUACACAGAAAUCAAGUCUUAAACAUAAGAGGAAUCACACAUGAGAGAAGCAGCAUUCAGAAUGAGAAAAAUGUUUUUGUUUCUAAAGCCAUAAUUAGGGGUCAUUAGUGAAGUCACACAAGAGAGAAGCCAUAUGGCCACAUUAUAAGGAAACAAUAUAUCACUGGGUCAUAGACUUUGUCUUCAUUUCAGGUUGUAUAUUUGGAUAUAAAAGCUAAAUUGAUAUCACAUAACGGCUUCUAUAAAACAUCUGAUAAAUCCUGUUUAGGAAGACAUAUAUUCCGUUCAUGACUUAUAUUUUAAACCUUACAGUUAACCUUUUCAGCCCGGAGUUUUUUUUUUUGCAUUUUCAUUUUUUACCCCCUGCCUUUCCAGGACUUUAAAAUUUUUCUGUUUACAUAGCUGUAUGAUCGCUUGCUUUUUGCGGGACAAGUUGCAUUUUCUAAUUCCACAAUUUACCGGCAAUAUUGCAAACGAUGUAGUGAGGAAAAUUAUUAUUUUUUUCUUUUUACGGUGUCCUCUAUAUGGUAAAACUGACCUG